AUGUCAUUCUUUAUGGAGAGUUGUGUUCAUGUAUUUUGUGAAGAAUGUUUGAGAAAGUAUUUUCUUUCCUUUGGGGACGAAACUGAUGACUCUUUGGACUUUGAUGAAUUGUCGAUCCUUUGCCCAGCAAAUGGAUGCUGUCAGACAGUACCGUCUCAAUUAAUUUCCUCGGUUCUUUCUGAAAAAGAAUACUCAAAGUUAUUAGAUAUGGAAUUGAGGAGAGCAUUGAAGAAUGCUGACACCGGAAACACUUUUAUUACUUGUCCAAACUCUUCAUGUAAAAAUAUUGUUGAAAGAAUCCACAUGAAGAGAGAGGAAAUCAUUUCUGAACUUGAAUCUCAAAAAAGGCCAAUCAAAGAAGAUGACAUUCACAAAGAAGAGUUCAGAUUUAGAUGUAGAGUUUGCUCCUUAGAAUUUUGCUCAAAAUGCUUAAAAUCUCCAUAUCACGAAGGAUUUACUUGUGACACAUUUUUAGAAUACCUUUCUUCGAAAAGGUGUAGAUAUUGUGAUUCAUCUAUUGAUAUUAAUUGCAAUGGUGAUAUUUGUGAGAAUGAAGAAUGCAAGCAAAAAGCUCUGAAUUCUUGCAAUCACAAGCAUACAUGUGGUCAUCAUUGUUGUGGAAUUAAGGAUGAAUUUGAGCACCUUCCCUGUUUGAAUUGCUCUUCAAGAGAUACUUGCCAAAGUGGUGAUGACUAUUGCAAUAUUUGUUGGAUUAGCUCCUUGAAUCAUGCUCCUUGCAUACAGCUUAAUUGUGGACAUAUUUUCCAUUUUGAAUGCAUAAAGAAAAAGCUGGAAAAGAAAUGGCAUGGGGCAAGAGUGAGCUUUUCAUUUGAGAAAUGUCCUCUAUGCAACACUUCUAUCCAUCAUCCAGCUCUAAAAGAUGAAACAACCCAAGUAAGAGCACUCAAAUCGAUAAUAGAAAAAAAAUCACUGGUCAAACUAGAGCAAGAGGGUCUUUUAAAGAUUGAGGAAAUUACGUCUCCAUCUGGAAAAUAUUAUAACAAACCUUUAGAGUAUGCAAUGAACUCUUUUUCAUUCUACAUGUGCCAUGAAUGCAAAAGUCCAUACUACGGAGGAAAGAUUCAAUGUGGAGAACAGAAUGAGGAUGAUAAUUUCAAUCCAGAGGAGCUUGUUUGUGGUUCCUGUUGUGCUAAAAAGGUUAGACAAGAAGGUGUCUGUGAAGUGCAUGGAGCUGAGUUUAUUUCGUACAAGUGUAAAUUCUGUUGGUAA